AUGGCGCAUCAGCUUUUAAAUUCCUCUCCUCUUUCUUAUUCUUCAAGUUCUAAGGGUCGUCAUAUAUCUCUCAUGAGCCGCGAUGGUCUCCUUCUCCUAGUCGCUCUCCUCGUCAUCCUCGGUGUAUUCUUACCCUGGGCAAGAUCUCCCUUAUUCAUGUUUCCAAACAGAAGCUCUUCUUCUCCUUCUUCUUUGCCCAUAAACUGGCGCAACUAUUCUCUAGCUGAAGCAGCCAAGUUCGUCGGUAAGGACGGGACUGUGAUCGUCUGCACCGUUAGCUAUCCCUUCCUGCCUUUCCUCAACAACUGGUUAAUUAGCGUUUCUAGACAGAAGCAUCAAGACAAAGUCCUCGUGAUCGCUGAGGAUUACGCUACUCUGUAUAAGAUUAACAACAAGUGGCCUGGCCAUGCCGUUCUCGUUCCCCCAGCUCUCAACUCUCAGACAGCACAUAAGUUUGGUUCCAAGGGUUUCUUCAAUUUUACAUCUAGGAGACCGCAACACCUCUUGCAACUUUUGGAGCUAGGCUAUAAUGUGAUGUACAACGAUGUUGAUAUGGUCUGGUUGCAAGAUCCGUUUCAGUAUUUACAAGGAAGCCACGACGCAUACUUCACCGAUGACAGGGCUAGAAUUAAGCCUUUGAAUCAUUCCCAUUGUUUACCACCUCCGGAUCGAAACGGAGUGACUUAUAUAUGUAGCUGCAUGAUUUUCUUGCGUCCCAAGAAUGGAGCAAAGCUUCUCAUGAAGAAAUGGAUUCAGGAACUUCAUGCUGGUUCUAGAGCAUAUGAAGGAAAUGAUCAGCCUGCUUUUAACUGGGCACUCAACAAAACUGCUCAUCAGCUAGAUCUAUAUUUGCUUCCGCAAGCAGCAUUUCCAACAGGAGGAUUGUACUUCAAGAACAAGACAUGGGUUAAAGAGACAAAGGAAAAGCAUGUCAUAGUCCACAAUAACUACAUCAUCGGUUACAACAAUAAGAUGAAACGCUUCCAUGAAUUUGGUCUAUGGCUAGUUGAUGAUCAUGCUUUUGAGUCCCCACUCGGAAAACUAGAGUAG